UUUUGAUAAAGAAAAUAAAUCGAGUGAUAGAAAUAUUAACUGAAUAUAAAUAUUUGACAGAGUGAAAAUAAAAAUUUGUGAAAGACAUAAUGGACAGGGAAAAGGGCCGAAAAUCUGAUCAGAAACAUCCAAACGAACCGGAAGUGACCGCGGUUUCGAGAUCUGGACGAAUUAUAAAGAGGUCUUCCAAGCUGCUUGGUUUUGAAUCUUCGGAUUUGCCAGAAGAAAAAGAAAAAACACCCAAGUCGUCAAAACAAAGUUCGAAAAGACAAUCGGCCAACCACGAGCCACUUGAUCAAUUUAAUGAAGACGAUAACAGUAUGGAAUUUUUAGAAGACCAACAACACACCGAAAGUGGCGAGUGGACCUUAGAUAUGAAGGAUUGUGAUGACACUGAACCCAGCGGCACUUCUGUUUCAGUAGGAGAACACAAUCAAUUUAUGUAUGCUCUCAAAAAUUUAAACAUGAAAGAGCCAGGGUUUGUGGCAUACGCAUUGUGGGCUAAAGAAGUCCGCAAGACUUUGAUGAAUGCUUAUCCAAACUUUAGUACAUCACAAAUUAACCAACAGCUCAGAGACAUGUGGAAAUCUGUACCAACUGAAGAUAAAAGUCGAUGGGUACGCAAAGCCAAGAGAUUAUUAGAACGUGAAGGUUUGGUUGACAAUAGUACAAAUGACACAAAAAUUACAGUAAAAAGACCAAGCGCAGAAAUUAUUGAUACUUCAAUAGAUACUAGCAAAAAAAAUAAACCCAAAUUAGAGCCGUUAAGAUCAACACAGCCUAUUGAUGUGGCAGCUCAUUUGGCUUUGCUAGGCGAAUCGUUGGGCAUAAUUGGUCAAAGACUGAAAGAACAUCAGGGCCAGAUAGCUGUAAAUGGAAGUGUAUCGGUUCUUCUAGAUUCUCUGUUAUGUGCCUUGGGACCUCUACUAUGUCUUACUCAACAAGUGACAGAAAUUAAUGUUAACUCCCAAGAAACAAUGUCGAGACUCAUGGACGAUAUAGCAUAUAUAAUGCCAGGUUUAUAAAGUUAAUUAAACUAAUUAUUGGACUUUCCUGUAUGUACAUAAUUUUUACCAAUUCAUGAUAUGAAAAAACAUAAAUGUUUAGAAUGUAAUAACUAA